UCAUACGAUGGAGGCGUUCCUAUUCCCCUAGUUCACAUCGACUACAAGUUUAGUUUCCAAACUUCUAUCCAAACCCAACACAAUGUCGCCCAACAGCGUUAUUCAAAUCCCCAAGCGUUUGCCUCUGCUGUGUACUCACGAAGGGGUGCUUUUACCCGGCUCGACCAUGCGAAUCAGCGUCGAUACGCCGAGAAACAUGCAGCUGGUGAAGAGCAGACUGCUGAAGGGCACCUCGCUGAAAAGUACCAUCAUCGGGGUUAUACCCAACACCAGAGACCCCGAGCACGACAGCGAUGAACUGCCCUCUUUACACAGCAUUGGCACAGCUGGACUGGCGGUUCAGGUAGUAGGCAGUAAUUGGCCGAAACCGCACUACACGCUGCUCAUUACGGGGCUCUGUCGCUUUCGUGUGACCCAGCUGAUAAAGGAGAGACCCUUUCCCUUGGCUGAGGUGGAACAGCUGGACAAACUGGAGCAGUACACAGAUGGUGAUCAAACAGAUUCAGAACUUGGAGAGCUGUCACAGAGGUUUUACCAGGCUGCUGUACAGCUGGUCGGGAUGUUGGACAUGUCAGUGCCUGUGGUUGCUAAACUCAGACGGAUGUUGGACAGUUUGCCUAGAGAAACCCUGCCUGACGUUUUGGCCUCCAUGAUCCGCACUUCCAACAAAGAGAAACUGCAGGUGCUGGAUGCUGUAGAUUUGGAGGAGCGGUUUAAGAAGGCUCUUCCUCUGCUCACCAGACAAAUUGAUGGACUCAAGCUGUUGCAGAAGACCCGUAAACUCAGACCAGAUGAUGACAAGAGAGUGCUGUCCAUCCGUAAGGGCGGUGUGUUCCCAGGACGUCAGUUUUCGGUGGAAGAGGAGGGGGAGGAUGACGAUGAUGGCGAUGAUACGGCUUCACUGGAGAGGAAGGUCAAAGCUGCAUCCAUGCCAGAAGCAGCAUUGCGUGUGUGUAUUAAGGAGCUCAAGCGACUAAAAAAGAUGCCACAGUCCAUGCCAGAGUACGCACUCACUCGCAACUACCUGGAGUUGAUGGUAGAUCUGCCCUGGAAUAAGAGCACCACAGAUUGCCUGGAUAUUCGCGCAGCGCGGGUGCUCUUAGAUAACGAUCACUAUGCUAUGGAAAAACUGAAGAGAAGGGUGUUGGAGUACCUGGCUGUCCGGCAGCUCAAGAGUUCCCUUAAAGGACCCAUAUUGUGUUUCGUGGGACCCCCUGGUGUGGGAAAGACUAGCGUUGGCCGCUCCAUCGCCCGCACACUGGGCCGGGAGUUUUACCGGAUUGCUUUGGGCGGAGUCUGCGACCAGUCGGACAUACGUGGGCACAGGCGCACGUACGUGGGUAGCAUGCCUGGUCGCAUCAUAAACGGACUGAAAACUGUUGCCGUAAACAAUCCUGUGUUUUUACUGGACGAGGUGGACAAACUGGGGAAGAGCCUGCAGGGAGAUCCUGCCGCCGCCCUGCUGGAGGUUCUGGACCCGGAGCAGAAUCACAGCUUCACGGAUCAUUACCUCAACGUGCCUUUUGAUCUCUCGCAAGUCCUCUUCAUAGCCACUGCAAACACUACGGCGACCAUCCCUCCCGCUUUACUGGACAGAAUGGAGGUCCUCCAGGUGCCAGGCUACACCCAGGAAGAGAAAGUGGAAAUCGCUCAUCGGCAUCUGAUCCCUCAUCAGCUGGAGCAACACGGAUUGAGCCCACAACUGCUCCAGAUCCCACAGGACACCACACUGGAUAUCAUUAGGAAAUACACACGGGAGGCAGGUGUGAGAUCUUUGGAGAGGAAGAUCGGGGCCGUCUGCCGAGCCGUGGCUGUAAAGGUCGCUGAAGGUCAUAAGGUCUCUAAAGAGGCGUCACUCACUGAGCAACAUGCAGAUCGUAAUACAGACCGAAAGGAAGAGGAUUCUGGGAUUGCGGCUCCUCCAGACAUGCCCAUUGUUAUCGAUCACAUCGCUCUUAAAGAUAUUCUUGGCCCACCACUUUUUGAAAUGGAGGUAUCGGAGCGUCUGACCCUACCAGGCGUGGCGAUAGGGCUGGCCUGGACUCCGAUGGGUGGAGAGAUCAUGUUUGUAGAGGCCAGCCGUAUGGAAGGGGAGGGGCAGCUGACCCUGACGGGACAGCUGGGCGAUGUCAUGAAAGAAUCGGCCCAUCUAGCUAUCAGUUGGCUCCGCAGCAAUGCCAAAACGUACAACCUGACUAAUGGCAGCACUGAUCCUCUGGAGGGCACCGACAUCCACUUGCACUUCCCAGCAGGUUCUGUCACUAAGGAUGGACCCUCGGCCGGUGUAACCAUAGUAACGUGCCUUGCCUCAUUGUUGAGCAGGCGCCUGGUGCGCUCUGAUGUGGGAAUGACCGGAGAGAUCACACUUAGAGGACUGGUGCUGCCGGUGGGAGGUAUAAAGGAUAAAGUCUUGGCAGCUCACCGCGCAAAUCUGAAACGAGUUAUCAUCCCCAAGCGCAACGAGAAGGACUUGGAGGAAAUACCCGCCCAUGUGCGGGCAGACCUAGAUUUUGUUUUUGCCAGCACACUGGAUGAUGUAUUGAAUGCAGCUUUUGAUGGGGGCUUCCCAUCCAAUGUCAGACAGCCACAAAUUGCUAGCAAACUUUGACACAGUACUACAGAUGCACACAAGCCUGAGACUUUUCUUUUUUGAACACAUCAGCACUUCUAAUCUGUGAAUACUGGCUUAUUGUCAAUAAUUCAAACUAAACCAUUUAGAUCCCUUACUACUUUCUAAUUUAAUAACAGAUGACAACAUCUAUUGUAUGUAGUAUCAUUUUGUUUGAUAUCAACUAAAUAUCCACAGAUUUUUUUUAUAAAAAUGUGAUGUUUAGUGCAGGGGUUUUCAAACAGUGGGAUAAGGUGGGUCAUGCAAAGUUACUUGGAUGUUGCUGUUAAUGAAAGUUAAGUCCAAUUAAUGACUUGCAAUGACAAUUAUUUUGAUAUAAUAGAUUAAUUUGAUAUGGCAAUUAAACUAUUGAGAGAAUGAACUGACAAGAAAAAAACACUACUCAAUUAUAAAAGAGAAAAAAAAGUGUUUGCUCAAUUUUAUUUCCCUUUAAAAAUAUGUUGUGGGUCCAGGGAUAGAUUAUUUAUGUAGCAAAAUUACAAUUUUGGAAAAACCUGGCUUGCACUUACAAUAUGAUUAAUGAUAUGCAAAUACAUUUUAAAUGAAUAAAGUUCUUCAAUGUUCA